AUGACGGAUCCAAUUGUUACUUUAGAAGGUCUUAGUGAAUAUGAUGAUUGUGACAGUGAUAAAGACAAUCUGAAUGCUUAUGAUGCAAAUCAACUUCAGCAAGAAUUCUUAGAACAACAGGAACAAAACUUUAAAAAGCAACAACAAUUAUCCUCACAACAUCAGCAGCAACUUUUAAGACAACAGCUACAAUUCUUAGAGCAACAGCAACAACUCUUGGAACAACAAAAACGAAUACCUUCACAACAAAAUCAACAACUCUUGGAAAAACAGCUACAACUCACACAACAAUUGCAACAGCUCUUACAACAACAACAGCAACAAAUGCUACAACAACAAGAACUAGUUUUACAACAACAGCAACAACAAGAACAAGUUUUACAACAACAGCAACAACCAUUACAAAAGCAACUUUUAGAAGUUUUAGAACAACAGCAACAACUUUUACAACAACAAUUACAACUACCUCCACAAAAACAGCAAAAGAUUUUACAACAACAGCAAAAACUAUUACAACAACAGCAACAAUUAACACAACAACAGCAACAGCUUACACAAAAACAACAACAGCAACAACCCUUACAACAACAGCGAGAACUCUUGCAACAACAAAAAUUCUUACAACAACAGCAAGAACACUUACAACAACAGCAAGAACACUUGCAACAACUGGAACAAUUCAUACAGCAGCAACAGCAGCAACUCUUAGAAUGUAAACAAAAAUCCACUCAACACCAGCAACAUCUCUCAGAACUCUUAGAACAACAUCAAAAGCUCCUACAAAAACAGCAAAGCUUCACACAACAUCAGCAACAACUCUUGAAGAAUCAGCAAAAAUUCAUACAACUACAAUUAUUACAACAAUUUGUACAAGGACAAGUUACAAUACCAACAAACUGUUUUGAUUUUGGAGAGCUUUCUAUAAUUAGUAAAGAUGAUUAUACUAAUAUUUUAAGAGAUCAGGAGAAAUUGAAAAGUGAAAUCAAAAAAUCAGAAAGCAAAUCCAAUAAAAUAAUCCAUGAAUUGAAAAUUACAUACAAUGACUUGGCUAGUGAUUUUAAAAAUUUUGAGAAUAAAUUCAAUAAAAUCCAUGAAUUGGAAAGUAAAAACAAUGAAUUGGGAAAUGAAGUCAAUAAAUUGAAAAGUGAAAAAAUUGAAUUGGGAAGUAAGAGCAAUAAAAUGAUCAAUGAAUUGAAAAGUAAAAGCAUUACAAAUGAUAAAACAAUCAAUCAAUUGAAAUGUGAAGUCAAUAUAUUAGAAAAUGAGAACUAUAAUUUGGAUAAUCAAAAUAAAAAAAAAGAUAAAACAAUCAGUAGAUUUAAUAGUGAAAAUAAUAAAUUGAAAAAUGAAGUCAACAAAUUGAAAAGUGAACUCAAGAAAUUGGAAAGUGAGGUUAAUAAGUUGAAAAGUGAAAACAAUGAAUUGGAAAGUAAAGAAUAA